UACGACCGAGACCGACAAAAGACCAGACUCCAGUCAAUAAACUAAUGAAAAUAGAUAUUGCUAAUCCGCAUCAAAACUUUGCAGACAUUCCUUUAGGAUUAAAAUUUUUGAAAAUGAGUAUUCCUCAGGAACUUGAAGGAAAAGUAGGGAUUGAGAAUGAAAAUUUAAAGCCCCUGUUGUGGCUCAUCGGACGGUGGAAGAGUGAAAGUGGCGUUGGAACGUUCCCGACAGUCAGCCCAUUUGAAUAUGCAGAGGAGAUCGAGUUCUUUUCUCUGGGCCAACAACCCUUGCUCAAUUACGCAGCCUAUUCAUUCAAACCCGGCGCAAAUGUUCCCAUGCACUGCGAAAAAGGGUUUCUAAGGAUCAAGCCAGGCACCAACUCCAUUUCUUUCAUGGUUGCUCACAAUUUAGGUUUGGCGGUGCUGGAAGAAGGAGAAGUUGCCGGCAACGAAAUAAAUCUUGAAAGCAAGAACAUUGGGCGAAUGUCCUUUGCUAAAGAUCCAGAAGUGACAAAGUUGAAAAGAUGCUUUAAACUCGAGGGAGAUGUGCUGGAGCAAAUUGUUCACAUGCAAACAUCCAAAACGGAGAUGAGUGAGCAUUUGGUGGCCAAGUACAAAAAGAUGUAAAUUUUCCAGUAUGUAUUAUAUUUUUCCUGCAAUUUUAUAAGUUUGCUUCGGCUCUAAUAAAGAUUAUGAUUAUUAAAUGGAAAAUGUUUGGACUU